UCUAAAUAAAGAUGAGUUGAAAACGUAGGUGAAAAGUGCAGGGUAGGUUAAUUUCCCCUAUAGCAAACUGUUCCAAUGAGGAAUGGAAAAGCUUGGAUGGCACUAUUAUAGGAAAAUGAAAAGGUUCGAUUCCCACCGGCCUCUUUAGAAGGCCCGAGGUCAGCAAAUUUCCUUUCGAAUAAGUUUGCUCUAUCGCACUAUAAACUCUUCAAUUUUCCCCAUUUAUCAGUAUUAAGAAGGAAACCCUACCAUCUCAGUUCAUUCCUUACUUAAUUUUUAACAAAUGUUUGUUCGUCAGAUCGAUUUGGACGGCUGCAAGGAAAUUUGGAAAAUAAGAGGAGUACUAAGGACUGUUUAAUACCGAGGCAUUUUAAGUUAAAGGAAAAUCUGGUUAAAGAGAUGGGUUUUCCUGUUGAUGGAAAGGUGGUAGAACAAGUAGAACUCAUGAGAUGGAAAACAUGGCCGUGGCGCUUAGAUAUAUGGCCAUUUGCAAUUCUAUAUGCAGCGUGGCUUGUUGUGAUCCUUCCAAGCAUAGAUUUGGCUGAUGCAGCUAUCACACUUGGGGCUUUUGGAAUUCUUCAUGUUCUCACUUGGCUCUUUACUUAUUGGUCAGUCAAUUUCAGAUGUUUUGUUCAGGCAAAUCAGGUGAAAGAUGUACGUGAGGCAAAUAUAUGUAAAGUCAUUCCUGCUAAGUUUUCUGGAACAAAGGAAAUUGUUCCUGUUUGUUGCAGAAAAGUGCUGGCAGGAGCAUCUUCAUCCUUGACAACAGAUGUUGAAGAGUUUUCCUUUGAAUUUCGAAAACAGCGUUUCAUUUUUUCAGAAGAAAAGCAGUGUUUUUGCAAAUUACCAUAUCCGUCAAAAGAAACAAUUGGGUUUUAUAUCAGAAAUACUGGAUACGGAUCAGAUGCAAAAGUCAAUGCAGCCAUGGAGAAAUGGGGCCGGAAUGUAUUUGAGUUUCCACAGCCUACUUUCCAGAAGUUGAUGAAGGAGCACUGCAUGGAACCAUUCUUUGUGUUCCAGGUAUUUUGUGUAUGCCUUUGGUGUCUCGAUGAAUAUUGGUACUACAGCUUAUUUACCCUUUUUAUGCUCUUCUUAUUUGAGUCUACUAUGGCAAAAAGUCGUUUAAAAACAUUGACAGAGCUUCGCCGAGUUCGAGUUGAUAAUCAGACAUUAAUGGUGCAUCGUGGUGGAAAGUGGGUGAAACUAAGUGGGAUGGAUCUUCUACCUGGGGAUGUUGUAUCUAUUGGUCGUUUGGCAGGGCAAAAUGGAGAAGAUAGAACCAUCCCGGCUGACAUGUUGUUACUGUCUGGAAGUGUGAUCACCAAUGAGGCAAUUCUGACUGGGGAGUCUACCCCACAAUGGAAGGUUUCUAUCCAGGGGAGGGAACUGGGGGAAAGGCUAUCGGCAAGGCGGGACAAAGGUCACGUUCUUUUUGGUGGCACAAAAAUAUUGCAGCACACAUCAGAUAAGUCUCCACAUCUCAAAACUCCGGAUGGAGGGUGCUUGGCCAUAAUUCUCCGCACUGGAUUUGAGACAAGCCAGGGAAAGCUUAUGCGCACUAUCCUCUUCUCUACUGAAAGGGUUACUGCAAACAGUUGGGAAAGUGGUCUAUUCAUUCUAUUCCUGGUAGUCUUUGCCCUCAUUGCUGCGGGUUAUGUUCUGAAGAAGGGCCUAGAGGAUCCUACACGGAGCAAGUACAAAUUAUUUCUAAGUUGCUCUUUGAUCAUUACUUCCGUGAUCCCCCCAGAGUUGCCGAUGGAACUGUCAAUUGCAGUGAACACCUCUCUGAUUGCAUUGGCAAGACGUGGCAUAUUUUGCACGGAACCAUUCCGUAUUCCUUUUGCUGGCAAGGUUGAUAUAUGUUGCUUUGACAAGACUGGUACUCUUACAACAGAUGACAUGGAAUUUCGAGGAUUUGUUGGUCUGGAUGGCAGUCAGGAUUUAGAAACAGACACAAGUAAGGUGCCUGGGCGCACUCUGGAAGUUUUAGCUGCUUCUCAUGCUCUUGUGUUUGUUGAUAACAAAUUGGUUGGUGAUCCUCUAGAAAAGGCAGCACUCAAAGGAAUUGAUUGGAUAUAUACGUCUGAUGAGAAAGCCAUGCCCAGGAAGGGCAAUGGGCAACCUGUGCAGAUAUUGCAAAGGCAUCAUUUUGCAUCUCACUUGAAACGAAUGGCUGUUGUGGCACGAGUUCAGGAUGAAUUUUUUGCUUUUGUAAAGGGUGCACCUGAAACGAUUCAGGAGAGGCUGUUAAUUACGCCCCCAGGAUAUGUGGAUACUUACAAGCAUUAUACUCGUCAAGGGUCUCGAGUUCUUGCCCUUGCAUACAAGCAUCUUCCUGAAAUGCCUGUUGGUGAGGCUAGGAGUCUAGAAAGAGAAACUGUUGAGAGUGAGCUUACCUUCGCAGGAUUUGUGGUCUUUAAUUGUCCCGUUCGUUCUGAUUCUGCUGAUGUACUUAGGGAACUGAAAGCAUCAUCACAUGACUUGGUGAUGAUUACUGGCGAUCAAGCUUUGACAGCUUGUCAUGUUGCUGGUCAAGUUCACAUUGUUUCACAGCCUUCAUUGAUCUUAACUCCAAUGAAGAACAAUGAUGGGUUCGAAUGGAUUUCUCCCGAUGAGAUGGUGAAAAUUCCUUACCGCGAAAAUGAAGUGGAGGAUCUAUCAGUUUCUCAUGACCUUUGCAUAGGUGGGGAUUGUUUCAUGAUGUUACAACGCACAAAUGCCUUACUAUUAGUCAUCCCUUAUGUCAAGGUUUUUGCAAGAGUUGCCCCUGAGCAGAAAGAACUUAUAUUGACUACUCUUAAGAUGGUGGGAAGGAUGACAUUGAUGUGUGGAGAUGGUACAAAUGAUGUUGGUGCUCUCAAACAAGCUCAUGUUGGUGUAGCUCUUUUAAAUGCAAUCCCACCUACUCAAUCAUCUGAAAGUUCUACCUCAGCACAACCAUUGACUUCUGGAGCCAAAACAUCAAAAUCAAGGAAGCCCAAAAGUGGAGUUUCUGAUCCAGCAGGUCAGUCAUUAAGUGUCAACCCCAUUGAUGAUGGACCAGCAGGUGCUGUGCCCACGAAUCGAUCAGCAAGAAGUAAUGCCUUGACUGCCGUAUCUCAAUCUCAUGGUUCGUCUAGCAAUCGACAUCUUAACUCUGCAGAGAGACAAAGGCAGAAACUGAAGAAGAUUAUGGAUGAGAUGGGAGAAGAGGGAGAUGGCAGAACCGCCCCCAUUGUCAGGCUUGGGGAUGCAUCAAUGGCUUCUCCUUUUACUGCUAAGCACGCUUCUGUUAGGCCAAUAACAGAUAUUAUUCGGCAGGGACGAAGCACACUGGUGACAACCUUACAGAUGUUCAAGAUAUUGGGAUUAAAUUGCUUGGCAACUGCUUAUGUAUUAAGUGUGAUGUACUUGGAUGGAGUUAAGCUAGGUGAUAUGCAAGCAACCAUUAGUGGCAUUUUUACUGCAGCAUUUUUCUUGUUCAUUUCUCAUGCCCGACCUUUGGACAAGCUUUCUGCCCAGCGUCCACAUCCAAAUAUAUUUUGUUCCUACGUUUUUCUCUCACUUCUAGGACAGUUUGCUAUACACCUGACUUUUCUCAUCUCAACUGUAAAAGAAGCUGAGAAGUAUAUGCCAGAGGAAUGUAUUGAGCCUGACUCAGAAUUUCAUCCCAAUUUGGUUAAUACAGUCUCUUACAUGGCCAAUAUGAUGAUUCAGGUUGCUACAUUUGCUGUAAAUUAUAUGGGCCACCCUUUCAACCAAAGUAUUCGGGAAAAUAAACCCUUUCUCUAUGCAUUGGCAAUGGCUGUUGUCUUUUUCACCGCUAUCACCUCAGACAUGUUCAGAAGCUUGAAUGACUGGUUAAAGCUGGUUCCUUUACCACAGCCCUUUGGUAGCAAGAUCCUUCUAUGGGCUUUUCUUAUGAUGAUAAGUUGUUUUCUCUGGGAGCAUACGUUGCGAUGGCUAUUCCCUGGUAGGAUGCCUUCAUGGAAGAGGCGGCAGCGGCAAAUGUCUUCUAGUCAGAAGAAAUUUGCUUAAUUUUGUCUCAACAUUUUAUCAUUUAAAAGUCUUUUUCUCCAGCAGAGCCUUUGUUCUCGAGGUCAAUUUGUCUUGAAUGUUCAAUUUUCUGGAUUUUCCUCAGUGAAGUUUUUAAAUUAUAGGCAGAUAACUAGCGUGCUAUAAUUCGGCUGUUAUAACUGAAAGGCCUGCUUGGUGAUUUUCCUGAAGAGGGAACUUCUCUUCCUGGGAUUGUUACCACGAUUAAUUAUUAUAGGCAAUUUAUUCAAAUGUCUAAAAGGGAAAGAGAUUCCCAUAGUCUUUUAGCUGAUAUAUUCUAGAAGCUUCUAGUUACUUACCGUAUGCUGCCCAUUUCCUUUGCCACACUGGCAGAAAGAUUUUGACAGAAUUUGAAAUGAUUUUUUAUGUUGUGAAAAUAAUUUAUCAAACAUUCUUUUGGAAAUGA